AGCUGUGGUUUCCACAGACGUGCUGUCAUCAUGACCCUCACAAGGGGAGUCACUUGAAUGGAUAGUCACAGAGUUUAACGUUGUUAACAUCACGCCAGGGUGAGUGCAGGCAGGGACAUCAAAACAUCUCUGUUUGAGGAAGAAGUAUGGACAUGACUCCACAUAAACGGCCUUGGGAUGAUGACUUGUCUCCGCAGCCGCACAUAACACCGACCGGAUACCCUUCACCUGUGUCUGAUCUCUCAGCUCUGUUUUACAGUCUCCACUGCAGAGAUAAGAGUAUACCAUGGAGCCAUCUUCAGCAGACGCCAGAGAUGCACCCAUCCCCUACAGCAGGUGCCCCCCACCUCCUCCACAACAGAGCCCGUCAGCUAGGCACGCCAACAGUGAAGAAUUCCACAGCAAUGGCAGGUACCAGAGAGAGGUUAUCACAUGAAUAUUCAGACAAAAAACUGAGGUGUGUGCGUGUGAAGUUGACCUCAAGGUUCCCAGAGACAGGGGAUGAUGAAGCCUGUAUGACAGCCAAAGAGCAGUUCCAUACAUCACCACUAGAGGACAGCCUCACUCAAGGAAAUGAAGAGACAGCACAGGAUGACAAGGCAUUGCUGUGCCUGUGCAGAAUGAGAUCCAAAAACUACCCAGAACUGUUGCAGAUUCCAGACUCGUUGGCAGAAUAUCAACUAAUUGGAGACUUCAGCAAGGAGCAUGUCCUUCCAAUCGACCGAGUGGAUCAAGAUCUUCCUUGCAUCUCAGCAAAUACAGUAGCUGCUUUAUUGAAAGGAGAUUUCAUGUCGACAGUGGAAGACUUUGUUAUUAUCGACUGCCGAUACCCUUAUGAAUAUUCAGGAGGUCAUAUUGAGGGGGCGGUGAACCUCCACACGGAGGCCCAGCUCCAGCAGGCCUUUCUCCACGGUCUGACCCAGCCGACCUCACCCUCACCCGGGCUACAGUCUCAGCCAUCGGGCACUCUCCUGGCACAUCAUCCUCGUUCUUCUCCACAAUCUGGUAGUACACACGCCUGCAGAUCUUCAGAUACACCACCACCACCAGCACCACCACCAGAGCCUAUGUCAACAUGGUCACCGAGGAAGCUGGUGGUCUUUCACUGUGAGAUGUCUACCGAGAGAGGACCAAGGCUAUGCAAGCACCUGAGAAGUCUGGACCGUAACUUGCACUCUAGUCUAUAUCCCUGCCUGUAUCACCCUGAGGUCUACCUCUUACAUGGAGGAUACAAACGCUUCUUCUCAUGUUUUCCGGAGCUGUGUGAGCCGCGGGGCUAUGUGCCAAUGCACCACCUGGCUUUCAGGGAGCAACUUAAGGGAUUCCGGCAGAGGAGGAGGAUAGCCAGACGGCAGCGGCUGCUCUCCUUGACACACCACCACCAAAGGACCUGCGACAGCUAAUACAAUUAUGACUGAUUAGUAUUUUAUAUAGGCCUAUCUGUUUAUGCUGGUGACAAAACUCUGUAUUUUUUUUUACACUAGGCCUUCUGUGAAAUGGCCUGGAUUAAUGAGAAUCUUCUCACAGGCAUUUCCUGAACAGUUAUGAAAAAAAAA